CGGCACGCCCCUUGUAAAAAUAGUCAAUAGCCGGAGAUUGCCUUAGAGACCCAUGUGCAGUGGUCACGUAGCAGUGCCAAGUUUCGCCGUUCUCCCGAGUGUAUGUGUGUCCUAUAAAGUCCUCAUCUUUGUAUCACUAGCUUCCGAGUUCAAGUCAUCUUUCCACCAACUUUCUUUCAUUACAUUGGUUGAGCUGGUCUCUUCCUUGUGCACUAAAGCACAUUUCCAUUCGCUUCCUUUCGACACACCAACAAUUGUCUUUUGAGCCGACUCCGAGCAGCGCUCGACACACUCACUUCUACGGCUAUCCACCCCUUUGUCGACCACCGAUCUCUUAAACCAAUGGGAAAGCUCAUCUGGCACGAAUUAAGUCGCUACAUCUCCCUCACGGCGAGUGUUUAUGCAGUAUGGGCUAGUUUCUGGGGUUUCUUCUUUCGCAAGUUCUUCUGGGACUUCAUUGGUGGCAUCUUGCGCUCUCCCGGUGGUCUGCAACCGUCACCCAAGUUUGCUAUAUUCAUCACCGUUAUUGUCAAAUUCCCUAUUGUGCAGAUAGCUACAAUGGCCCUCGGGUUUGUCAUGGUCGCGCUGGAAUAUCCCCUUCCCAUACUUAAGGGAACUGCCAUACAAAGGAGCAUCGCUCUUAGAGUGGUGUUACUGAUAAUGCAAGCAGCCGGAACGGUAUUAUUCUACCAAGGUACAAAUGCGGCAUUGUGGUCAUUAAUUGCUGCAAUGUUCUAUAUCCGCGCAUUAGCAUUGAGAGAGAAAAUGGAGGCUGCAAUAAGAAACAAAGGGCGAGUGGGUGAGGCAUAACGUGUGCGUUUAUGCAUGCAAUUCCCAAAUUUCUCAAGGUGUAUACUGUCAGUCUGUGACUACGGCAUACCAGUUUCCCUUUUCGAUAUCAUUUGCUCCCUGUUGUAUGUAAAUCAUGAUUGUAUCAAGAAAUCAAGCAUCGGGUUUCAGACGACACAUGUCACAUGUGAACCUACGUGCA